AUGCCCUCUUUUGGGAUUUUCCAGUUGUCCUUUCUCACUAUUUUGUUGAACAGAUCUUCCAGAAACCUUGCCUGGUGCACUGAAUACUCCUCUUUUCUGUCUUUUCAGGUUUCUUCAAUGCCAGUGGCAACAGAACCUCCAAAACCCAAGCCUAAAAAAGCAUCAGAUUUACCACCCCUGGAGAGGAGGAACUGGUUGAUCUAUCUUCUGUAUGUUCGCAGAGACUACGAUGAGUGUAAGGCUGUCAUCAAAGAGCAGCUCCAGGAGUCCCAUGGGCUGUGUGAAUAUGCAGUCUAUGUUCAAGCUUUGAUAUUUCGCUUGGAGGGGAAAAUUCAAGAAUCUCUUGAACUUUUCCAGACAUGUUCCAUUCUGAACCCUCGAAGCGCUGACAACCUCAAGCAGGUGGCACGAUCACUGUUUCUUUUGGGGAAACACAAGGCGGCCAUUGAAGUGUACAAUGAAGCAGCAAAACUUGAUGAAAAGGACUGGGAGAUCAGCCACAACCUGGGUGUGUGCUACAUGUACCUGAAACACUUCAACAAGGCACGAGACCAGCUGAACCAUGCCCUGGAGCUCAACAGGCACGAUCUGACUUACAUGAUGCUGGGGAAGAUUCACCUACUUGAGGGGCAGACGGAUAAAGCUAUUGAAGUCUAUAAGAAAGCUGUAGAGUUUUCUCCAGAAAACACAGACCUUCUUACGACACUCGGGAUCCUUUACUUGCAGCGUGGGGAUCACCAGAAGGCUUUUGAACACCUUGGAAAUGCGCUCACUUAUGACCCAAGCAACUACAAGGCGACCUUGGCAGCUGGCAGCAUGAUGCAGGCUCACGGUGAUUUUGAUGUUGCCCUCUCCAAAUACAAGGUGGUAGCCAGCAGUGUGCCUGAAAGCCCUCCGCUGUGGAACAACAUUGGGAUGUGCUUCUUCGGGAAGAAGAAAUAUGUAGCUGCUAUCAGUUGCUUGAAGCGGGCAAACUACUUGGCUCCUUUGGACUGGAAGAUUUUGUACAAUUUGGGGUUAGUCCACCUCACGAUGCAGCAAUACGCCUCUGCGUUCCACUUCCUCAACGCUGCAAUCAGCUACCAGCCCAAGAUGGGAGAGCUGUAUAUGCUUCUUGCAGUUGCUCUGACCAACCUUGAAGACAUUGAGAAUGCAAAACGUUCCUACGAGCAAGCUGUGCUGCUGGACAAGUGCAACCCCCUCGUCAACCUGAACUAUGCUGUCCUGCUAUAUAACCAGGGUGACAAGAAGGGAGCCCUCUGCCAGUACCAGGAGAUGGAGAAAAAGGUCAAUGCAGCAAAGGAGAGCAAUGCUCUUGACUUUGACCCUGAGAUGGUGGAGGUUGCCCAGAAGAUGGGAGCUGCCCUGCAGGUGGGGGAAAGCCUGGUCUGGACCAAGCCUUCUAAAGAGUCUAAAUCCAAGCAGCGAUCCGCUCCGUCGGGGAAAUCCUCCAGCGCUCAGCAGCCUUUGGGCUCUAACCAGGCCCUGGGUCAAGCCAUGUCCUCAGCUGCGGCAUAUGGAAAAAGCACACAGCUUCCCCCAGGUGCUGGAGCAUCAGCUCCGCUUGCAAAGCCUCCCUCGCUACCUCUGGAACCAGAAGUGGGUUCAGAAUCGAGCCCCGAGGAGACCUCGACACCAACAGGGACUGAGGAGCAGAAGAAAGAAAAACGCAAGAGCCAGCAGACAGUGGACUAGGAUGGAUUCUGUUUGGGCAAGACAGGUGCAGGAGCAUCUCCAGAGCUGCCUCUCCUCUGACCCACAGUGGCUUCACCCCACUGUCAGUUAGUCUAAAUGAGCUGUUUCCUGUUUAUGGUUUUAGCACGUGGUCUCUACCUUGUCCCAAGCAGUCAUUGCAGCCAUCAGAAGAGGUUUCUGCAUAGCUGUCAGUGUGAUCACAUUGUACUACAGGAGAUCGGAGAUCCUUCUCUCCACAGGGUUUUUCAUCUUCAAUGUUGGGGUGCAAGUCCUCCAGCAGGAUGGUGAGGCAUCCAGUAUGUCCAGAAAAGCCAGCAGCAGUGACUUAGCACCCUGGACCCCAAAGAGGAUCAACCCCUUCCAGCGGCUGAACCUGUAAGUGCUGAGGAAGCCCUGCACAGGCUGUAGGGAGGUCAGUGGGAACCCUGGAAAGAGAAUGAAGGUAGUGCCCCUCGCCAGGGUGAGUGCCGAGCAAUGGGCCAGGCUGCGGACCAGCUCAGGGCAGGACUUCGCAAAUGCUUUCUCAAGACUGAGGAAGCCAACACAGCUGGGAGCUGUUAUUCUUGAGCAGGGCAUCAGCCACAGGGCGUGCGAGGCAUUUUUAAGACGCACACUUUCCUUAGUGAUGGCAGUUGUGAAAUGGGGAGCUGUGUAGCAGAGGUGAGCUGGUUUCUCUUGCUCUUCUGGAAGCAUUUGAGCUGCAGCAGCAAACCAGUCUGCAAACUCCUAAUUGUUUGCAGAGAAACUGGUAGCGGAUGAGCGUCAGUGAAGCUCUGCUCGUGUGAUCAGAUUUCUUCCUUGAGAAUUUGUAUUGCUCAGCAUGCAGGCAAAAAUUGGUUUGCAGGAAAAAAAAUGAACAAGCUUUUUGGAAAAGACAGUGCGGGCAGCUUCAAUGCUAGAUGUAAAUUGUUUUAGUACGAGAGCAGCCAGGUUCUGAAUAAUUCAGUUGUGCCCUCCUUACAGCCGCAUUUUAGGAGAAAUCAUUUGUGCUCACUGCAAGGCGGCAGAGCAGCCCACUGGUAAGCAGAGACCAUGUGAUACCAGAGAUGCUUGGAAAAUGUGUCUGGCCUUGAACAGCAAAGUCUCAGCCUCCACCUGCCUUUUCUCUGCUGCUGUCAGUUUGUUGCCUCUGGGGUUUAGCCAGAGCUUGGUACAACUCCUCAGAACCACUGUUCUUGGGAGCUAAAGGUGGGACAGGCCCGCCAUGCUUCACGUAAAGGGCCUGUGUCUAGGCUGAGUGUGGUGUUUCUCAUCCUCCCCUCUGGAUACCCAGAAGUACACAAAGCUGUCGGUGGUGUGGAGCUUCAGAUCGGAAUUUUCCAAACAGAAUGCACAGCUGAAGCUUCAGAGUUCAGUGUAUUUGCUGGUUAAGCUACUUAGCUUUAAAAAAUGCAUUUCCUACUUUCAGUUUUGCCCUGUUGUGUUGUAUCUCUCCAUAAUUAACAAGUCCAACAGAGCAAGGUUGGUAAUGGAAACUUCUCUCCAGCAGUAAUGUCAAAGCAGAGUGACCAAGGCUCUGGAUACAUUAGCACACUUCAGCUGUGCUUUGGGGUUGGCUGCUGUUAUCCAGAAUGACAUUAAUGCAUCUUCAGAGCACAAGCAGGAACUAAAGUGCUAUCCUACUCCCUGGAGAACACUAAAAGAGUAGGAACCCUCCACUUUCUCCUCUGUUUUGAUUGCCGAAACUGGCUGCUUAUCUCAAAUGUGGCUUUUUUCCCCCAGCUGUCCUCUGCGGAUGGGUUUCUAUGGGCACAGCUUCAGGGUAGCUCUCCUGGAAGGCUUCCCCCGUGCUACGAGUCGAUGAAAACAGAGGAUCUUCUGUGGAGCACAGGCAAAUUUAAACAAACCAGGCAGGAGGCAGUGUAAACUAGGUACAGUGCAGAGAUUUUUAUUCACGUUAAACUUAGACUGAAAGCUCCUACAGUGUAACAGUGCCCAUGAAGAAGGGGUUAUGGUUGCAGAAUAAGGGAGGGCAGGGUGUGGGAAGCCUUUACCUCAGCCCCAGAUCUUUCGUUCCAAACAGUUUAUUCUGAUAGCAAUCAAUUGCUAUAAUCUUUCAGUCUUAUCAGAAAGGCGUUCAAGCCACGACAGUCCCAAUACAAAGACCAGUGACCAGAACAGUAUGGCUACAGGUAGGUGAGUGCCAGCACUGCUAAGUCAGAAAGGUUCUCCUCCAUCUGCUCCUGACCUUUUGUUUUGAUUUUACUGGCUGCGAAAUAGACAAGUGAAUUCAGACUGCAGCACAAUGAAACUCCUUCACUCUACUCAAUAGAUGGAAGCAGCCCUUGUCCCACUGCUGUUCUCAGCUUACAGAGGCAAGAAGCAAUCCGAGAUCUCUCUCACCCAGCCCCGCUGCUGUAAUUCAUUCCUUCUUGGCUGUUAGAAUGCUUUUACAGGGUGCGUUACACAUCAGUACAUGGAGUGGACUAUAGUCAGAGGUAGUGUGAAGGUAUUUAAAAUAAAUACGUAUUUUGGUGAAAAGCUUAUGCAGAUAAUGAACUGAUUUUACUAUGAAAAGAAGCAGUAGCACC